AUGCUGCACUAGUGCAGACACACUGUCUGCUUGUCUUCCCCUCAGGUCCUCUUCAUCACUGUGAAUACUCGAAAACAAAAAGGGCAUCUUUUCGGUUCCAACUCUCUAUAAAAGCGAGACACCCCAAUGCCAAGACUCAAAUGGUCCUCUCGAUCGACUCUUGAGGUAGCUAACUAGCUAUAUUGCCAAAAAAGAAAAAGACCCACGCAAUAUGGAGAUGAGGAAGAUAAAGAGUCAUAAGAGAGUAGCUGAAGAGAGAGACCAGUUUGAAGAUGACGACAUUAUGAACACAGUUUUGUUCACAGCUGGAGCAGCUCUUUUAAUGGCAUGCGUGAAACGCGCAAUGAUAAAGUCCCUAGUCGAGCAGUACUGGCGCGCAUGGGUGUUUCUCGCCCUCAACCUCGUCCUCUUAGCCAUUGUUUUCACGUCUCUACGCUCCGCCUCCAACGAAAAUCAAGAAUGCAAUGACGACCAUGCGGAGAUGAAGAUCGAAAGGAACGAGAAUAAGGGGCAUUGUACGGGGCCUGCACAAGCUGAAAAUCACUGCGGCCACAAAGUGCACCGGAAAAAAAGUGAUGAAAAUGAGGUAGAUGGAGUGGAUGAUCCUGAUGAAGACCACGCAGGAGAGGCUCCAAUGAGGCUGUCAAAGGAGGAGCUAAACGAGAGAGUGGAAACUUUCAUUGCCAUGUUCAGGCAGCAUUUGGCGUCCGAUGCGAAGAAAGGUAGAAGCCAGUUCUUAGUGAAACCGGCACGAGCUGAAGUUUUGAAUUUUCAAAAGGUGUCGUACAUGACUACCCUUUCCCUCGAGGGACGUCAUGUGCUUAAUUAAGUACGCAAGUUUUGGGAUGCAUUAAUUAAUGUUAUAUUUAUAUAGAAUUAAGAGGCAUUUUUAAAGGCAAAUUUGAUUUCGGCAGCCCCGGCCAGCCCAUUCACGGUAUGUAGAUCACCAAAGUCUCAAUUAACUUCAUGAUCAGAAGAUGCACGGGGAUUGAGUAGAAAGCAAAAGGUCGAAUUAUAAGAAGGGCAUGAACCACAAUAUUUUGAAACUCAUCCCAAUGUUAUAUAUCAACCC